CGAAAUGGGGAUUUGUCAUCUCGGCCGGAAAGUGAAAUAGCCAAACACCUCCGCCGACUGGUAUAAAACGGUUCUAGUUGACGAAGCUAACGGAUUUAAUUGGCGAGAGGAACCUCAACAACCGGCUAGGUUAAAGUGGCAGCAUUUCAAAGACCUAGACCCUCCUUUUCUUUUGGGUAAUUACAAACUAGAUUCAAACACUAUCAACUCUAUAUAUACAGCGGGUCAGGCAUAUCAAGGAAGGCCAACAAGGAUAUAUACCAUUAAAGUUUUGCUUCCACAAUAUAUUCGCUGCCCAUCAAACAUCAUGGCACCCUUAGUUUGGCUUGUUACUGGUUGCUCAUCGGGCUUUGGAGAGCAAUUUGUAUAUCAAAUUCUUGCCCGAGGAGACAAAGUCAUUGCCACAGGUCGCAAUGCUGCAACCAAGCUCAAGCACCUGGAAGGCACUGGGGCUGCUAUACUCGACCUUGACAUAUCUAUCUCGCCGGAAAAAGUGGCGCUGAAAGUAGAUGAGGCUUUAAAAAUAUAUGGCAGCAUUGAUAUCCUAGUGAAUAAUGCUGGUUACAUUGAAAGCUCGGCUAUUGAGGAACUGACUCCAGAAAGACUAUUGCGAAGCUUCAACACCAACGUCUUUGGGCACGUCAAUGUGACCCGUGCUCUUCUCCCGCACAUGCGUGAGAAGAAAUCUGGCACCAUUGCAUUUAUUGGUUCUCAGGCCGGUUGGAAGGGCGAUCCCAGUGCGGGAGCAUAUGUGUCUGGCAAAUUUGCACUGGAAGGCAUCGUAGAGUGUUUGCAAAAAGAAGUUUCCAUGUUCGGCAUCCAAGCGACUAUAUUUGAACCGGGGUUUUUUCGCACUCAGGCUCUAUCUCAACAGAAUAUCCGGCAUGAGCCAGGAAACAUAUCCGCAUACGAAGAAUUUAACAAAGCCGUGAUGCAGUAUGAGACGGCAGUCUACGGAAAUGAGCCUGGUGACCCAGUUAAAGCGGUGUCCCGGAUGAUUGAUGUGCUUACAGGGACAGGAAUGGCGGCUGGCAAGCCAUUUCCACCACGUUUGCCCCUUGGUACCGAUGGUCUCAAGGUAAUGCGAGACAAGUGCCAGGACACCUUGAAGUUACUGAAUGAAUGGGAGGAUUUCAUUAGUAGCACUGACGUGACGAAGGAAGAAUAAUCUAGAUUUGUUCUCCUAUGAUGAGCCACCUAUGAUAGAAUUCUGUGUUGCACGAAUAAAACAAUUCACUUUGCCA